ACUCAUAAAACAAAACAAAACAUUAAUUCAUACCAAUCAAGAUGGUGUCAACGUUGAUGAAGACAACAAUCAAGGUGUUCACAUUGGUAGCUAUCACCAUAUGCAUGGUAAUAGCAACCAUCGCGUUGAGUUCAACCAGUAUCAACUAUAACCAACAAGACCACCACCAUGUUAAAGAAGAGGGUAACAAUGCGGCGAAUAAUGUGUUAUUACUCCCUUCUAAGAGGGUAAGCCGAUUCCUAGUUGAGAAUGAUUAUAACCGCCAUGGAAGAAGCUUAAAACCAGCGGAUCAUUGCCACAAAGAUUACGAGGUUUGCGAUGUAAUGUACGGGAACAACUUCACUUGUUGUGGAAAUAAGUGUUUUGAUCUCAUUGUUGAUAAGAAGCAUUGUGGAGGAUGCCAUAACAAGUGUAAGUUUACACAAGAUUGCUGCGACGGGAAAUGCGUAGACAAAACUUAUGAUAAAAGGCAUUGUGGGAGUUGCAAUAACAAGUGUUUGGCUGGACAAUAUUGCGUUUAUGGGAUGUGUGACUAUGCUUGAUGUCCUAUGCCGUUGUAUAAUAUUUUUUGGGCUAAGAUGGGAACAUUUUUCCAUUUCAGCUAGUACGAAGUAUAUAUAUAUUUGCAUGUAUUACUAUAAUUUAAUUUUGACCAAAAUUUAUUUGUUCCAGAGUGUAUAA